CUUCGAACAACACCCAAACCCUAGGGGGCGUGGCCGGCGUGGGCGUGGCCACCUGGCUCAGGUGAGGCGGAAGUGGCGGCGGGGCCAUGAACGGUCUCCCGGGUUGGGCCGCGAUCCCGGAAUCCCUGCAGGAGCUGAGCAUGAGGCGCCCCACGGAAUUCCCAGAAUUUCCCAGCUCUGAAAACUCCCCCGGAUCCCUGGAAGAUUCCGGAGGGGGCCCCAAAUCUGCCUGGAAUCCGGAGGAGGCCGAGCCGGUGCUGAGGCUGCGUCUGCCCCGAGACCCCCCUGGGGAGCCCCGGCCCAAACAGAAGCCGGUGGGCAGAGCCUUCGCCAUGGUGGCCAAGAGAUCCGAUGGGAAUUCCUUGGCCUCGGAGUGCGUCAAAUCCAAGGACGGCGACGAGGAGAUCAUCAAGGUUUAUCUCAAGGCUCGCGCCGACCACGAGGAGCCGGUGACACAACUCAAGAGUGAAGUCCGGCACAUCCAGGAGGCUGGGAGCGCCCUCAAAAAACUCCGUGAAGAUUUGAGCACCAAACUUCAGACCCGGACAGAAUUUUUGGAAUUCCGGGAAUUUCAGGAAUUCCAGGAGAGCUCUGAGGUGGUGCUGGAGAAGCGGAACCAGAGCUGCUCCUGCCGGGGAGAUUCUCAGGAAAAUCCGUUCCCGCAGGAGGAUCCCGAGGCCGCGCGGCUCCUGUGGAGGCUCCAGGAGGCGGAAAAGCGGCACCAGCUGGAGCAGAACGGCCUUGAGAGGGCGCUGCUGCGGUGCCAGGAGGACGCGGAGCGGGCGGAUUCCGCCCGCAGCCGAGCGGAGACGGAGGUGGAGCAGCUCCAGAGGCUCCUGGCAAGCAUGGAAAAGGAUCACCGGGAUCUGCUGGCGCGGAUGGAGUCGGGACAGGCGGAGCUGGAGCGGCUUCGGAAGGCAGAAGGGGAGAGAGCGGCACAGCAGGAGCGCUCAUCCCAGCUGGAGAAGGAGGUGGCGGGGCUCCGGGAGAAAAUCCAUCACCUGGACGACAUGCUCAAGAGCCAGCAGCGCAAAGUCCGCCAGAUGAUCGAGCAGCUGCAGAAUUCCAAGAGCGUGAUCCAGGCCAAGGACGCGGCGAUCCAGGAGCUGAAGGAAAGAGUUUCCUACCUGGAAGCAGAGAAUCUGGAGAUGCAUGACCGGAUCGAGCACUUGAUCGAGAAGCAAGUGAGCCGGGGCGGGAGCAGUGCCCGGGCACGCUCCAAGUCGGAAUAUGUCAGCAGCAAACGUCUCCCAGGCCCGAAGCCGCAGCCCCUGAUCCGAGUGGUGGAAACCUGAAUUUUGGGGUGCCCGCCCAGCCGGAUCUUUUCCCUUCGGAAUGACCGGAAUUCCCAGCUGGACUCAGAGCCCUUCCCUAGGGAAGAGGUUUGGGAUCGCCCAGGGCACAAUUCCAAGUCGGAAUCGGGAAUUUCCCCCCUUUUUCCCAGCGAUUUUCUGGCCCUCGCCAUUUCCGUGUGGAUUCCAGAGGUUUUUCCCAACCAGAUUUGGGACUUCACCUUUUUUUUGGAAUUUCCAAAUAAAAAUCUUGGAUUCUGCUUUUUUCCUGAGGAAAAAAUCCAAAAAGCUGAGAGCCACCAUACCUCUGACUUCCAACACCACCCUUGGACUUGGAAAAUGCUCUCCCAACCCUAAAAAUUCUGUGUUUUUCCUGCAGAAUCCUGUGUUUUUCCCACGGAAUUCCCUGCUUUUCCUGCAGAAUUCCAUGCUUCCCCCCCCCCCAAAUGAUUAUUGUUGGAGUUCCCGCGAUUUUGGGAUUUUAUUCCCUGUAUUUAUUUCCGUAAAUUAUCAGAGUCUCCCGGUGAGGUGGGGGACGGGCACAGGCCAAAAUUCCAGGGAACUUUGGCCCAGGACUGCCCCAAUCCCACGUUUGACCCCAGAGGCUCCAACCAGGAUCCCUCGGGAUUCCCUUGGAAUUUUUUAAUUCCUGGUUUUCGUAUUAAAGAUAAAAAAUUCUGUCUGCUUUAAA